UAAUGGUGCUUUCGAAUUAUCGCUCUAGAAUUGAUAAGAGGGCAAUCGCGAACUUGUUCCGUUGUAUUCCGUUGUUGUUUUUCUGUUACAACAUUUUGUUUGAGUGAAGCUUAUAGGAAAAGCGACCCAUGUAUCACGACUGUCACGACGACUAUGAUUAUCACAGUGCUGAAGAAGAACUGUUUUGUCCGAGUAGUGCCGAAGCCUCACGAACAGAUAACGAUGGAUUACGAAGAGGUCGCGAUGAUUCAGUAGAAUCUAUAAUUCUCCAAGACUACUAUGAUAAUUUGCCAAGGCCAGGAAGUCCAACACGUGAUCAGCGUGAUGAUUAUAUUCAGCAACUGCUUGAAGCUUUAGACAAACAAGAGCAAGAGAUUAAAGACCUUGACUACAAACUACAAGAUUUACGGGGAGAGGUUCGGGAAUACUUCUCAGGCUUGGAACAGAAGCUGUCCUGCUUCGAGGAAAAAGUUGACUUUGUUAUAACCUUGGUGUCCUCGUGGGUCAAUCAUCCGCCCAACAAUCGGGGAUGUCGAGGAUCUUGUUCAAACCACGUACGAACGGAUAACUGCUUGUGCCGUGGUUUGAAGGAACCUCAUCGAUGCUGUGGGCGUAUUGGAGGAGUUUGUGCUUGUUAAAAAUUGAUCAUCUUUAAAAUUCUACUCACCAACCAACCCACGUUGUUCUAAUACCAGUUGAGAGAAAUUCUCUAACCAUCGA